GAUUUCCCUUCCAUUCACGAAACUGUAACGCUUGUCUUUCAGCCCAAUCAGCCACCAAUCGGGCAUGGCCUAGGAUGCCUUUCAAUCAGCGUGACGAGGGCAGUUAUUUUCAUUGCCCCAUUGCUCCAGAGGUCGCUGUAGCACUAUUAUUGUUCUCCUCCUCUUCAUGUCGCUCUUACUCCCGCCAAAUACGAGACUCCUAAGAAAUCGCAUUCCCAUCAUUGCAUCAAUUUGAUCCGUGAUACGAUGCCGGGGCAAUUAUUGAGCCCACCGGACGAUGUGGCCACGGGCGAUCGGACCGAGGUCAAGUAUCGUCGCUAUCACCCCACGGGCUCCUGCUCGUAUGUGAACCAAUCCCAGGCCUUCCGUCUGAGUGGACGGGAUUUCCAGCGCCAAUACUUCCACAUCUACAGUCACCGCUUGCAAGCCAUGCGCGCCCGUUUGGAGCGUCAAUUGGCCCAGUCCCACCCGCAGGCCCGCGUGAUCUCCUUGUCGGAAUUGAGCGGGCACAAGCAACAAGAGGUCACGCUCAUCGGCACGCUCUACAAGCAUCAGGAGCUCAAGCCCAACAUCCUCCAGGAUCUGUCCGAGGACAAUGGGCUUCUGCCGCCACCCGUUCAUACCAAGUACAUCAGUCCCGAGGAUGACCUCAUCUUGGAGGACAACCUCCAACGCAUCCGACUCCGGGGAUCGCACAUCAAUGUGGCCCGCCUGGUGACGGGCGUGGUGUGCGCCGUGUGGGGCACCGAAAAGGAGUCGGGAAAACUCGAGGUCAACGACAUAGUGUUCCCUUCCGGGGUGGCGGCGGUGCCUCGACCCAUUCCCGAACACACCAGUUAUGUUGUUUUUGUGAGUGGUCUCGAGUUAGCCGAUCCCCAAGGGGCAUCCUUAUCGGCUUUCCAAUUAGCGGUGGAUUGGAUCAUCGGGGAGGCGGGGGAGAUGGAUGAGCAAAAGGAUAACGCCCAGAUUCAACGGGUCAUCAUCGCGGGCAAUUCAUUGGAUGAGAGCACCAAAGAUCGGGCGGAGAUGGCCAAAGCGAAAUACUUGACCAAAGAUGUGGCAGCCUCUUCAAUUGACGCCAUCAAGCAGUUGGAUGAUUUUCUCGUGCAAUUAGCUGGAUCCGUUGAUGUUGACAUUAUGCCCGGUGCCUUCGAUCCUGCUAACCAGACGUUGCCUCAACAACCUUUGCAUAAGUGCCUUUUUCCAGCAACCAACGUAUAUUCAACACUACAUUGCGUUACGAACCCCUAUCAAUUUGAGCUCGAAGGUACAGAGUGUCUGGGUCUCUCCGGUCAAAUCACCGACGACAUUAUUCGCAACAGCGAGCUCGAUUCCCCCUUGGACGUCAUGGAGAGUCUUCUCAGGUGGUCACAUCUGGCACCCACCUCGCCUGACACCUUGGGUUGUUUCCCAUACGCCAAGAAUGAUCCAUUCAUUCUCGAAAAAUCACCACACGUCAUGUUUUCCGGGAAUCAAAAUCUAUUCGAAAGCAGAGUGGUGGAUGUGAAUGGCUCUCCCGUCCAUCUAUUGAGUAUCCCACGAUUCAAGACCAGCCAUUCGGUUGUGGCCAUGAAUUUAAAGUCCUUGACCUUCGAGGAAAUUCAUUUUGACGCCUCCCUGACAUGCCCAUGGUUAAAAUGAAUUAAUUUACGUAUGAAUGACGAACCACAACCUCGGGUGCCAAAAGGCCAUCUUUAUUAUCUAACUUUUUGUUUACUUUCGCCCUGGUGGGUGUGGGAAAUAGAAGGGUGAGGGACAACGAC